AGUCCCGGCAGGAGGCGGGUUUUGGUGCUGCAGGGAGCUGUAGUCCCGGCAGGAGGCGGGUUUUGGUGCUGCAGGGAGCUGUAGUCCCGGCAGCAGGCGGUUCCGGAGUUGUAGGGAGCUGUAGGGAGCUGUAGGGAGCUGUAGUCCCGGCAGGAGCGGGUUUUGGUGCUGCAGGGAGGUGUAGUCCCGGCAGAAGGCGGGUUUUGGUGCUGCAGGGAGGUGUAGUCCCGGCAGAAGACGGUUCCGGAGUUGUAGGGAGCUGUAGGGAGCUGUAGUCCCGGCAGGAGCGGAUUUUGGUGCUGCAGGGAGGUGUAGUCCCGGCUCUGUAGUCCCGCCUACAGCUCCCGGCGGGCCGUGCCCGCGCUGCCGAGGGCACGGGCCGAGAUGGCGACGGCGCGGCUGAGCGGCAGCGAGAACCGUCUGGUGUCGCUGCCCCUGUCGCGGAUCCGCGUCAUCAUGAAGAGCUCCCCGGAGGUGUCCAGCAUCAACCAGGACGCGCUGUUCCUCACCGCCAAGGCCACGGAGCUUUUUGUUCAGUAUUUGGCUACAUACUCUUACAAACACGGCAGAGGGAAGGAGAAGAAUGCUCUGACUUACACUGACCUGUCUCAUACAGCAGAAGAGUGUGAGACCUUUCAAUUCCUUGCAGAUAUCUUGCCAAAGAAGAUCCUAGCUAGCAAAUACCUGAAAAUGCUUGAAAAAGAGAAGCGAGAUGGAGAAGUGAGAGAAGAUGAUGAUGAGGGUGAGGAGGAAGAGGAUGAAGAUGAAGCUGUUGGUGACAGUGUUGCAUCUUAAGGCCAAUGGAGAAUUGUUUCACAGUUGAUCCAUUUUCUAUUGUAUAAAGGAUGUUAUUUUUGUGACUGAGAAUCCAGAUGCUGGAUAUAUUUAUACACUGAGCCAUCUGCUUUUGCUUUAAGAAGUUUAGAAAUUGAACUUUAUACUUGUUGGAGAAUGAAAUUCUUCCCUCACAAACAAGGUGGGGUAGGAAGAGACAGUGCAAACCUGACAGCAGAGCUUGGUCAGAUAAUUUGAAAUGACUUUGUCAGACAAUCAUUACCAAAAUUUAAAAUUUCUUACAGGCAGCUUUCAGUUCAAAAGCUCCAACAGUGGACCAAGUCCAUUUAAAAAGUCUGUAAAAACAGCCAUGUGGGCACCCAGAUGGGACAGGAGGAGAUCCAUCCCAAGAGCUAAUAUGGUUCUGCAGCUGUGGUGGUAAAUGAGAUAGAAAAUUAUGUAAAUGUGGGCAUCUAGAACCCUUUUCUUGAAUGAACUCAGGCAGUUUCUCUUGCCAAAAAGCACAUUGAAGUCUGUUAAUUGUGGGUUCUUGAGAAUGAGCAGCUCCUUUACCAAGUGAGUGACAGAGAUGGAUUUUUCAUUUGGUUUUGGUUUGUUUUUCUUUUCUUUUUUUACUACAGAAAUGGCAACCGUCCCAUGUAG